AUGGAUAUGUCGAUACUAUCGGCUGACAUUUCCUGCACCAACUUGACAACCCUGCUUUGCUUUGGAAAACAAUUUUUUGCAAAAUCGUAAACAAAAACUUUGAGUGGAAAUGGAUCAGGAUUAGGGGUUUCGCAGUGGAUCCGGUUACAACAUGACUGCCUGUAUUCUCUGCUUGGCCCGCUCCGAAGUCAGCUUAUGCCUGCAGUCAGCGGAGGGAGUCCGCCUGAACAUUAGGGCGACCAUCUACAAGCACUUUUCGUUCUCGGAGGUCCUUACGGCGGAUAGUGAUGCAACGGUGUGUCGGGAGUGCUGGGACUGCGUUAGCAGUUUUGACGAGUUCCACCAGCGGGUCUCCUGCCUACACCAGCAGAGAAGCAGCGACUCCAAGAGCUUGCCCAUCGAAUUCUGCGGACAGGCAGAGGAGCCAAUCAAUCCGUUAUACUCCGUAGAACUGGACGCCUUAGCUGAGAGUUUUUUUGCGCCCAGUGAGGUUAAAGUGGAAGUAAAUGAACUGGAGCCGUUGCCAAAGGUCGAACUCUUGGAGGACCCGGUUAACACGGAAGCCAGAACAGCUUUUAAAAGGUUGGGGGUCCAAAAAGAAGGCUCUCCGCCCCCAAAGCGUCGCAUUAAGAACGAACAUCGAGUGGACAGUGAUUCGGAUGUACCUCUAGCUGAAUUUCUGUCAUCAGAUAUAAACCCCUGCUCCAAUGGUCCUACGAAGAGCAACGAAAUGAGCAAGGGCCGCAUGCUGAGGAGAAGCACGAGACGUGGUCGUCCGCCGAAAGUCAAACCAGAUACGCCUCCUUCUCCAAAAAAGGAAUUAGACUCUGACGACGAUGAUGAUGAUAAGAGCAACAAUGAUACGGAGUUUGUGGCUGCCGAGGCAGUUCUUGGCACAGAUGACAGCGCCAGUUCCUCCAGUGAAAGCAGUGGGGAGGACUCCGACCGCAGUCUACCGGACAUCGAGCCCGAAGAGCGGUACGCCGAGAUUCCAAAAAGGGUGGUAGUAAAACCCAAGAAGUACCGAAAGCGGGAGAAGCCUCUAGUGCCACCCGUUCGUCUGAGCCGAGAGGAGAUUGAACGGCGAAAGCUCCAGCAGAGCGAGUACGAUGAGAUUAUCCUUAAGUUCUUUAAAAAGUUCCCCUGCUCCAUCUGCAAUCUGCUGGUGCAGAACUUUGGAGACAUGCGACGUCAUCAACGCAUUUCCCACAAUAUCGAAUCCGGCUUCAUGGAGUGCUGCGGAAAAAAGUUUCACAUACGCAAGGCUUUAGCGGAACAUGUGCUAGUCCACAAGAACCCGGAUCACUUUAUGUGUUCUCAGUGCGGACGGGUGUUUCAAGAUUCGCGUACCCUAGAGAUUCACGAGCAGACGCACACGAAUCCGGAGAUCAAAACGGAGCCGAAAGAAAAGCGUAUCUAUCAAUGCGAUAAAUGUCCCAAGAGCUUUACCACAAAGGCGGCCAUAGAGUACCAUGACGUGUCCAAGCAUGUUCCCAAGUCCGAGUUUAAAUUUUCCUGUCCAGAGUGCAACAAGAAGAUUCCCACGGAGCGCAAACUCAAAGAGCACUUGCGCUACAUGCACGACCCUGAAACGGCCAUCAUCUGCGAUAAGUGCGGCAAGACGCUACGCUCACAAACGAAUCUCAAGAAGCAUCAUGAGUUGGAACAUUCCGAGGUGCCGCGACCCAAGCCUGAUCCCGUGCAGUGCGAGAUUUGCGGGACCUGGUUGCGCCAUUUGUCUGGACUUAAGCAGCACAUGAACACGGUGCACGAGCCGCCGGGCGGCGAGCAUCGCUGUCACAUCUGUAACAAAACUUCUACCAACUCCAGGGCCCUCAAGCGACACAUCUACCACAACCAUCUCUGCGAGCGCAAGUUCAAAUGCGGUAUGUGCGAGAAGGCCUUUAAACGACCACAAGAUCUGAGGGAACACACUUCCACGCACACUGGCGAGGUGCUCUACACGUGCCCCAACUGUCCCAUGACGUUCUUUUCUAACGCCAACAUGUACAAGCACCGCCAGCGCCUCCACAGAGCCGAAUGGGAGGCGGAUCGUAAGAAGCCGCUGCCACCGAAUAUCAUGAAGAUAUCGCAGGGAGCCACCACGGCGAUGAAGAAGCGCCAGGCCAGCGGCGCGCUGUUCCCCCAGUCGGAACAGAAGCAAUAGCAUUUGUCCAUUUACGACAUCUAUAGAUAGUAGAUAAAUCGUCAACCAUUAUUAUUAACUCGCACUUAACACAGAUAAGUUAAGCCAUAAAUAAGUAGACACGGA